GGGUGAAGGUUGUUGAGGAGGAGGGAUAUGUGGUAGGUCACAGAGAAGUCAAAGUAUAAAUGCAGAAACAGGUCAUCAACACCAGUCUGACUGUGGGCAGGACUGAGUCAGCCAAAUCAUGAUUGUCCUGAUGGGUUUCAUGCUCCUGGGAGCUGCAGCUGCAGCUCCUAUGGAUGACAAAAUUGUUGGAGGCUACCAGUGUGAGGCUCACUCUCAGCCCUGGCAGGUGUCCCUCAACAUCGGAUACCACUUCUGUGGCGGCUCCCUUAUUAAUGACCAGUGGAUCAUCUCUGCUGCUCAUUGCUGGCAAAACCCCUUUUCACAGAUUGCCAUCUUGGGAGACAACCACAUCUGGGAGUAUGAAGGCACUGAGCAGUACAUGUCUGUGGAUGCCAUCUACUGGCACGAGAGCUAUGAUUACACUACCCUGGACUUUGACAUCAUGCUGAUGAAGCUGGCACACCCAGUCUCUCUGAACGAGUACGUCAAGCCUGUCCCCCUGCCCAAAGCCUGUCCCACACCUGGAGACAUGUGCACGGUCUCAGGAUGGGGAAAUAUCUACUCCGAUGAAGUGUUCAACCCAUUUUACCUUCAAUGUGUGGAGGUUCCCAUCUUGUCCAACAAGGAGUGUGAGCCCUCCUACCCCGGGAUGAUCACUGAGCGCAUGGUGUGUGCUGGAUACCUGGAAGGAGGCAAGGAUGCUUGUCAGGGCGACUCUGGCGGCCCUCUGGUGUGUAAUGGCGAGCUGCACGGAAUCGUGUCUUGGGGUCAGGGCUGUGCUCAGCCUAACUACCCAGGUGUUUACACCAAAGUCUGUUCUCUGAUGCCCUGGAUCGAAGGGAUCCUUUCCAGAUACAGCUAGGCUGUGAUCCGCCAUCACAGAACUACAUGAGAGAGACGGGGAAACAAGACAGAGCCUGAAACUGGAGGAGACGGGGACAGCAGGUGGUUGUGGGUAAUUUCAGAAAUAAAAUGAGCAGGACCGUAGCAAAGAAAAGCCACCGGGAGAAACGAUGGGAGAGAAGAAGAAAAGGAGCUGUCAAAUUUCAUCAAUAAAAAUCUUUGAUUUUG